ACUAGCACACUAUUUGAAGCUUUCCAGUUUAUACUAUUACCUUAAGCUCGUUGAAUUUCCUUCAGCAACCUCCACUAUUCCUUCUAUAUAUAUAUAGCCAUAUCCAAGCACCCUUCAUUUCACUCCAACACAAAAUCAUUCAACUUCGAAAUGAAAUCCCUUCAGAUAGUACUCUUCCUUGUAACCAUGCUAAUGGCUUUGGUCAUUGCUGAUUCCGAAAAGAAAGAAUCACCAUUCCUCACUUAUGUUAAAAACCACAAUUAUACUCAAAACCAUGCAACCCCAUCUUCUGAAAGUGAAGUAUUAGCCUCUCUAAGAGGCUCCAAAGGCCUCCGUGGCCAUAAAAAUGUACGUGGAGGUGGAGCCAUGACUUGUGAUAAAUACCCUAGAGUUUGUCGUGCUAAGGGCAGCGAAGGGCCUGAUUGUUGCAAGAGAAAAUGUGUGAAUGUGUCAAAUGACAGAAACAACUGUGGCAUGUGUGGUAAGAGGUGCAAGUACUCCCAAGUGUGUUGCAAAGGUAAGUGUGUGAAUCCUAUGUUUGACAAACACCAUUGCGGAAAAUGUGGCAACAAGUGCAACAAAGGGGAUGCAUGCGUUUUUGGUUUGUGCAGCUAUGCGUGAAGGAAUCAGAGAGGACAAGAACUCCGAACGAGUGCCAAUAAUUAAUUAAUUAGUUUUGAUUAUUUGGUAUAUAUUUAUUGAAUUGAAGAUAUAUUGGUCCAAAACAAUAUAAUCAAUUUGUUGUAUGUGACUAAAUAAGCGAGCGCAAGUGAUCAUUAUAGGAUGAUAUAUAUUAUAUUUAUAUGAUCCUUGCAGUUGUAUGAUAAUUUCAGUACAUCCUGUAUUUAACUACAUAUGAUU